AAAAAAUGAUGAGGCUGACGUCCUGUUUGUUAUUGGCUGCCUUUGCCACAUACGGUUUCGCACAAGAAAAUGGAAUCGACUUUGAUAAUCCGGGAAACUGCGGUACAGAAGCCAGCAAUUGGAAGCCAUGCAUUGAACGAAAGGUAGCAGAUCAAGUUUUCGGUAGCUGCUGCUCCAGAUUUGUGCCACCAGAGUGUCGCAGUCUUUGCAUCUAUGAGACAAAUGCUAUUGAAGCUAGAGUUGUGCUGAUGCACGCCAUCCAACCAUCCCGUUGCCGUCUCUACAAAUACUUGCCAGCAAUUGUACAUUGUGCGGCUCAAACCCACGACAACAGCGAAUGCUGCAGAUCCAACGGAGUCGCCGAGCUCGGGGAGCAAUGUGUUCAGAUGUGCCAGCCACAAAGUAAUCCAAGACGAUUCUGGGGAGUGAAGUCUCUCCGUAAGGAUAUGGUUGUGUGUCUCGCACGAUGGGAUCAAAUCAUGCAGUGUCAUCAGUCUGGACUCAGAGCACGAAAGGUGCCACGUGUCAAUGCCUAAUUUAGAACAUUUGCCGAAAUCUCAAUCUCAAUGCAUUUAUAAUUAUUAUUAACACCUGUUACUCAUUUCUCCGUUAUUUUCAUUUUCUCUUCCUCUUUUCUUAUACUAUUCUCUAAUCAAGCUCAUUCACUUUCUCCGUCUCGAUCAUAUCAUAAACUUAUUUUCUC